UUGCUGUCAAACAAUUUUGAGGUUAUAAAUUAAUUUCGCAAUCGCUCACGAGAUGUUAUGCAGGAAAUUCAGGCAUACUUUAUUCGUAAAAUCUACAUUGAAUAAUAAUGUUCAGUACUGCCUAAUAAAGCCUCGGUUUUUCUCGAAGAGAUGCAUCUUGGAUGGCGUGUUUGCUACCGUGAGCAAGUCUGAAGGCAUAAGAAUGUCUUCAAUUCGUUUUGUGCUCAAAGAUUUAAGUAUAGCAAGACUAUGGAGUGCCUGGUCAAGGAGUUUUAUAGUGAAUAAUGUGGUUAGAAGGGUCAAGCGUGACCGUUGUGUGCGGGAAGUGUUCGAUCGGUUCAGGCAGACGAUAUUCAGGCCUCGUAGGACGUUCCUUCUUGCUGCCACUGCGGCUUUUAAAGGCAAGGGCGAUGAUUCCUCUGAAACUCCACCGAGCUGCCAGCAGAAUAUUACAGAUGAUGACUUAGAGGCCCUACUAACAGAACUGGAAGGAGUUGAAAAACUAUCACAAGCUACCCUCUUCUGCACAAGCUGCGGCAAGCGGCUGGUCAUAGACAAGAAACAACCGGGCGUGCGGUGCAAAGAAUCACAAGCGUUGGAAGAUUCCUCAGACGGUUGGGUGCCAUAUAUGGAAGCUGAGGAUGUGAUCAUUUGGAGGAAAGAAUACAAACCUGGGCAAGGCCUGUAUGCAUAUAAAGUAUACGGCCGCUACAAAGAAGUGCAAGCGGCGGACUUCGCAGCAGUCCAAGUGGAUGGUGCGUACCGGCGCGCGUGGGACGCGGCGGUGGCGGCGCUGGCGUUGGUGGAGCGGCGAGCUAACGGCGUGAGCGACCAGGCCGUGUUACAUUGGGAGGUUUUAUGGCCGAGACUAUUCGCGAACCGCGACUACGUCUACAUCAGGCGGCACAAAGAGUUCACUAUCAACUCCCCGCCUCUUCCCCACAAAGAUGGGAUAUUCACCCCCUCGGAGCCCCAGACACCCCCCGAAAGACCCAACGUUCACUCGCGCGCGAAACAGAAGUCGAGGGACAACGAACGGAGGGAGAUGGAUGAAGGAGUGAAAGAGAACAAGGUGUUCAUAAUCGUGUCUCGCUCGUGCGAGCACCCGAAAGUACCCGAGACGAAACACGCGAUACGAGUGCUGGAAUACUGGAGCCAUAUGGUCGUGAAGACCAUCGAUGGGCCUGACAAGCCCGGCAUGGAAUUCGUUCUAACCUACUACGACGAGCCGGCGGUCGGCGGUCUCCCGACGGGCGUGGCAACUUGGGCGACGGGACGCGCCGCGCCCGCCUACCUGGAGAGGAUGCGCCGCGCCGCCGCCGGGUACCAGGCCUGGAGCGACGCGCGCGGUGACCAGGUGAGGGAGAGAGACACACAUAGACACCCGGCGGUCGGCGGUCUCCCGACGGGCGUGGCGACGUGGGCGACCGGCCGCGCCGCGCCCGCCUACCUGGAGAGGAUGCGCCGCGCCGCCGCCGGGUACCAGGCCUGGAGCGACGCGCGCGGUGACCAGCCGGCGGUCGGCGGUCUCCCGACGGGCGUAGCAACUUGGGCGACGGGCCGCGCCGCGCCCGCCUACCUGGAGAGGAUGCGCCGCGCCGCCGCCGGGUACCAGGCCUGGAGCGACGCGCGCGGUGACCAGCCGGCGGUCGGCGGUCUCCCGACGGGCGUAGCAACUUGGGCGACGGGCCGCGCCGCGCCCGCCUACCUGGAGAGGAUGCGCCGCGCCGCCGCCGGGUACCAGGCCUGGAGCGACGCGCGCGGUGACCAGCCGGCGGUCGGCGGUCUCCCGACGGGCGUAGCAACUUGGGCGACGGGCCGCGCCGCGCCCGCCUACCUGGAGAGGAUGCGCCGCGCCGCCGCCGGGUACCAGGCCUGGAGCGACGCGCGCGGUGACCAGCCGGCGGUCGGCGGUCUCCCGACGGGCGUGGCGACGUGGGCGACCGGCCGCGCCGCGCCCGCCUACCUGGAGAGGAUGCGCCGCGCCGCCGCCGGCUACCAGGCCUGGAGCGACGCGCGCGGUGACCAGGACCUCCCAGACUUCGCGCCCUUCGGCCCUCCGAAGCCACAAGACGUCUGCCUGGCCCCCGUCACAGUUAGCGAGCAAGAUAUGGAGUCGUCAAAAGACGGCCCAGACCUAGACAGCGGGAACGGAUCGGAAACCACUCGCGACCAGAGCACGCAAACGGACGACGCGCCUGAUGGACCGACGAGAGACGUGUUGAUAAAAAUGACGGCGCACGCCAAAAACGACGUUAAAAAUCAACCCGAAGUCCAGACGAAAGUUGAAAAUAUGACGAAAAAAGAGGAACAAUCAACCCCGCAAGAGGGAGACAGCGAUACGCCAGAAGAAGAAGAAAGCAACAACAACGGCAGUUGGUGGCGGUAUUUGUACCCAUUCUACUACUUCGUAUGAGGUACUAAGGUGCACGCUCUUGAUACCUUCGAAUAAGGUCUAAAAUUGGGUGCACUUUUACAUAGACAGUUCUUAAUUUAAAUCAAUCUGUACCUCUAACGCGAAACCCUUUCGUCUUCGAAUCGUUUGCGUAUUCGAAUCGCCAUCGAAAGAUUUAGUAUAAAAACAAUAGCGCGAACAAUAGUGAUAUUUUCUCCAACCUCUAUUGACACCUUAUUUUUAUUCAAGUCUUAAAAUAUAUUUCUUUGAGUUUUGCCUUGAAAUAGACAAUUUGACACCAUUCCCCAAUAAUUCGAAAUCACAACUUUUCUAAAAAGACACUUCAUUCUGGUCUUAAAAACUUAAUUAAUUUUAAAUUACCUGUAAAUUACUAUUUUUGGUCGCAUUGUAAUUAAAAAAAGUAGUUUAAUUGAGUUGACAAAAUAGUGACGUCACUUGCUUGUAGUGCCAUACAAAAUCUAUGGGAGAGUUUCGUUUUGACAGUUUUAAAAAGUACGUCAAUUGAUUAGUGGUGUCAACAUGUCUAUUAUUGUAGUGUUGUCAACAAAUUAGUAUAAAUCUCCACCGAAAUAGUAAUAAUGUAGUUACGGUGGCAAUUAUUAUUAUUUAUCUUAAAAUAAACCUUAGGUUGUUGAUAUAGAUCCCAUUAUUGCGGCUCCGAAAGUUUAUGUAAAAUACAUUUUGUAAAUUGAAGGAAAUACAAAUAGAACAAAUAAUUUAUUGUGCAAUAAAAUAAGAAACAGAACUGAGACGCACAUCUUACCUCGAAAAUUAUUACAAAGUGUAAAUAAAUUUAAUUACAUAAUACAAAACUUUGAUUACAUGUUGUAGUUGAUUACUUAUAAAUAAAAUAAGUAAUCAAAAUGUUGUCCUUUAAAUGUAAUACUUUCUAAAUUUUGAUUUCUGCUAAAGUCUGGUCGCGGAGCACGUAGAAUUUUGUCCAAUGACCCCAAGCUACCUAUCCU